AUAGUACGAUACCAAAUUUGUACUCGCAUGCAAAUGGUUGAGUGGAUCCGGCAUGUUUACGGAAAUUACGGUGGCGGUCCGCACGAGCAGGCGAACAAGUUCCCGACAUCGGAGGGCGGGUGCGGAUCGCAUCGAGGCAGGGCAAGCAAGACAAGAAAUUACGUUUGUCCAAAGUGCGGGAAUGGUUACACCGUAGUGAAAAGUCUGAAGCGUCAUCUUCGUUACGAGUGCGGCGUAGCGCCGAAAUUCAAAUGUCCGUAUUGUGGCACUCGCAGCAAGCAAAGGGCGCACGUGCACGAGCAUAUACGUAGAAAACAUUCCGGUCAACGUAUCUACAUUAUCGACUCGCCUUGA